AUGACUAUAACUGAUAAUAACCUUACACACACUUUACAAUUGAAAAGAAUUAAUGGAAAUUCUGAACUAAUUCAGUACACUCACAAAAGAAACUCAGAAGCUUGGAAAUCAAAAUAUUUGACCGUUGCUGAUUAUGUGAAAAGAGAGGCAACGUUGGGGGAAUCGGAAAUAGCUUUACAGCACUCGCUAGUAUCCACUUCUACUAACAUCAUUAACCCCAAUUAUAAAAAGUAUUUGGGUUUAAAUUAUUUUGUUUUGGAAAAAAUAGCUGCUGAUACCACCUUAACCGAUGCAACUGAAAACAUUGUCUGUAGCUGUGAAACGAUGAACAGAAUAGGUUACAUGAAAAUUUCAAAUAAAGGCAGUUACAUAAUUAUUCCUGUUUUAGAGGUUGUCAUUGGUGCUGUGUUUACACCUGUUGAAUUUAGAGGGAUGAAGUAUGCCCAGGAAUUGAUGUUUCAGCUAAAUAAUUAUUAUGAUACAAUUUCUAGAGAAAAAGACGAAGGCGAUCUAUUUCUAAAGUAUAAAACUAUGAUUUUGUACAGCGAGGUUGGGGAGUAUUAUUCUAAAUUUGGUUAUUCGUUUGAUCAUGUUCCUGUUCACCAUCUUAAAAAGUUGGAUCUAUUUUUAGAAAAAUAUUGUUUGGACAACAAUGAUGAACAAAAAAAUGUACAUUAUUUAGGGUUCGAUGGGUAUGAAGAUUUGGUUAAUUUGGAACAAACUCAAAUUAUGGAAAAAUUAUCAAAUUUAGAACUAGAUAAAAACACUAGUGCUUUUACUGCCUUUCCUGAUAUGAAAAUUUACAAAUGGUUUGAAUUACGUGAUAUCUAUAUAUCGCAAUUCUUUCUUCACGAUCAGGCUGCUGCUGUUGAUGGUGGUUCUAAUAGUGUUGAUGAUUUAAAAGUUUCUGAACUAAAAUUUGGUGUUGAAAUAAUUGGAAAUAAAUCACAUAUCAUUUGGCAUCAUGCUUGGGUUGAUAAUUCUUUGCAAAUUCUAAAAGUUUAUACUUCAGAGGAUAAUAAAGAAAGAGAUCUAGUUACAUUAUUCAAGUAUGCCAUUAAAGAGGCUAAAAAAUAUGAUUUAAGUGAUAUAUAUUUCUGGGAUCAAGAAAUUCCGGAAACGGAAUAUCCCAAUUUCCACAAAGUUUUAAAGGAAACAGAGAAUAAAGUUAAUCUAUUUUGUGAAAAUAGUUCAUUAAGUGGGAUUAGACCAUCCCCGUUUGUCAGCAAUGAAGUGAAAUGGGAAAAUAAUACUAAGUUUGGUUGGUUUUAG